GUCAAAUACGUCAAAAAAAUAACGGCUCGCUCGGUAAAAAUGCCUGCCCCACACUUCAAAGGUUCGGUACAUUGGUACAUUGAUACUUGUUUGAGCCUCCUGACCGCCGCUUUAACCAUCACAAGAUACUCGGCUAAGCUCCACCACGAUUCAACGCCGCAGAGCAACAGCUGCAAGCUCAAGCUUUUAGAUUCCUUCAGCAAUUCUGUGCGAAGUCGCACCUCUGCAAACCCGCCCUCGAUCGCGUUACCCGCUCCCACUGAGUAGGGAUUUGAAUCCUGUCGGGGUACCUUCGCAGCGCACUACUGUACGGUCAGUCCCGGCCGACACUGGUGAU